UAUUUUUUGAUUUAGAUACUUCGGAUUUCGGAUAUAUUUGCAGCUUCUGAAACCUCUUCAAGUCGAAGCGAUUGUCGUCUUCGUUUUCUAUUAGUUUGCUAAUAGAAAUUGAUUGGUUUUUAGUGAAAGCUUAUUAGGUCUAAUAAUAAUUGGUACCAACCAACAUGUCUUCAGUAUGUUGUGGAACUAAGAAACAAAAACUAAACAAUUUAUACAGCAAUCAUGUUGAAAGACCAAUGAAUGGUCACAAAGAAGCAGUUGCUAUUCCAGAUAUGUGCUACUUUUGUUUCGAUGUUUUGUAUAGUCAGUUACACAGUAUGGAUCCACCACAGACGCCAAAUUUUACGAAUGAAGCAUUUCCCCUUUUUGUCACUUGGAAGAUUGGCAAAGAGCAUCGUCUUAGAGGAUGCAUAGGCACAUUCAAUGCUAUGCAUUUGCAUUCAGGUCUCCGAGAGUAUGCAAUCACAAGUGCCUUAAAAGACUCGCGCUUCUCUCCAAUUACUCGCGAGGAAGUUCCGCGGCUGACAGUUUCUGUAUCUAUUCUGCAGAAUUUUGAAGAGGCAGAACAUUAUCUAGACUGGAAGCUCGGUAAACAUGGAAUUCGUAUUGAAUUCAUUAGUGAACGAGGAUCGAAACGUACUGCAACCUACUUACCUCAAGUCGCUACUGAACAAGGUUGGGACCAAGUACAAACCAUUGAUUCCCUUCUUCGGAAAGGUGGAUACAAAGCUGCAAUCACUGCAGAUAUGAGACAGAGUAUCAAAUUAACCAGAUACCAGUCUGAGGAGAUCUCGGCCUCCUACAACGAAUACAUAAGCCAGCGUUGCUAGCAAACAACAAGUCAACCCUUGCCGGGGUUCCCAAACUCUACAUCAGUAGUUUAUUGGAUGAACACAAGUGACCGUUGUGUUAAUGUAGCCUCUAAGGAUAUGUAUUAUAGUGAAACAUGCAGGUUUUGUGUGAGAAACAACAGUUGGAGUUUAAUAGUUACAAGAAGUCAUAAUUAUACUCAAAGUGGAUCCGGAAUGUAUAUGAGACACAAUGGUGUUACGUAAAAUAUAUCACUGCCAAUGACAUUCCUCAAGGGCAUCAUGGUGUCAUCAAUGUAUCCCGGUAUUUCGUCUCCCAUUACAAGUGUUUAUAUAGAUUAUAAUAGUUUUCAUAGCUUAAUAAGUAGGUACAUAUAGAAUGGUUCAUAGGUACUUAGUACUAAACUUAUAAUAUUUCAAGCCUUAUAAAAAUAUUACAAGAAAUAACUUAUGAAAUAGUGAGAUGAUAAUAAUAGUAUGAAAUAUCGUUUAGCCUAGUUUUGUAUGUGUUUUAUGUUCAGAGAACGGGCUUUGUUAGAAAAGAAAAAAAAUAUUUGUACUUUCUGUAAGAUGUCUCAAUAGCAUGUUUGGUUCAAACUUCAAAUAUAAUUAUUGGGCUUGAGCUCACCUAUAACUAUGUAUGUAGUUACAAUCCUACCUUGGCUGACACCGACUUUUACGCUGACCGAAGAUUAUUACACAUUUGUUUAUACAAGACAAGUGUUGACCCGGCGAUACUCCGCGCCACUCAUUCUAUGUAUGAACUAUCAUAUGUAAUGAAAUAUGAUAAUAAUAACGAUACGACAUGGGUACCUGAAAAUAAAAAGCGCAAAAAUACGUAAGAUUAACAAUACCAUGUCUAGAUAAUAGCAGUUUAUUUGUAGUGUCACAUACUUAUAUAACAUUUAUUUCAUUAUUUUUGAAGCCAAUUCUUUGAACAUACACUGCAAUCUUUAAUCUACAUUUUAAUACAAACUUUAAUCUGUGGGUAAAUGCUAUUAGUACACAAUUAUUCGUAAGAUUUUGAUGCAAUCUUUCGGUAGGUAGUUAACAUGUUAUAAUAUUUUGCUUUAUUAUUUGGUAUUCUCGCAUAAACAAAUUGCAAAUCUGUUUUGGAAUGACUGUACAUUUAGAAUACAUAUAAUAUUAAUUGUCUGUUAAUUUCUAUUCCGAUUAAUGUUCGUUUAUCUAAACAGGCUGUCGAAGCUUGUGCAAGACUAAAUCUUACAUAAUAUGUUCAAGUUAAGAAUGCUCAUUUAAAAAUAUUAUUUAGAUAGUAUUUGACAAUUAAUAUCGUCACUACGGCUACGAAACAGUAAACUGGAAGAAAAAAAGAUCUAUAUAAGUGUUUGCUCAUUCUAAAAUUUAAGAAAAUACAUUGUCAAACCCUUAUGUUUUGGACACAAUUUAUAUAUUGUUUGAGUGAGAUAAUAAGGUUCCCUGCCGCACGGUAUCCGUCAUAUUAUAUUUAGGUAUGGCGGUGGGUACACUGUCGCAACAUGUCGCGUUGUGUUCUCUAGGGUGGCUCCGAGGUUGGUUGGUUCUCCUACAUGACAGAGAUACAAAGUGGACAUAGCGCACCUUUCAUAUAUAUGUAAUAAUAAUAUUGACACACUUUUACACAAAUUAUCUUGCCCCAAACUAGGCAUAGCCUGUACUAUGGUUACAAGACAACGAUAUAUUUAAUACAAUAUACUUACUCAAACAUACAUAAAUACAUAUAGUCAAGCUGUCACUGAUUAAAUCGAACCUCUCGAACGAGAACGUUACGAAAAAAAAAAUAUUAAAACCAUAGUUAAAGUGCCACUAUUGCAUGCAAUCUGUGAAAAAAUGUGACGAUAAAAUAUAGAUAAGAUGGAGGUAAUAUAGAUAAGAUCUUGUAAAAUCAUAAGGUAUACUUUAAUUACAAUAGAAACUGAAAUCAAUUAAGAUAUAAAAAUUUAACGUUAAAAUUUUUCACCAAGAAAUCAAUUCAAUACGUUUUCUAUACAAUUCAAUAUAAAUGAGCAUAAAUAAAGGACGCAAUGAAUAUCAUGUAACCUUAAUUUACAAAACCUAAGCUGUGUUAUUAAUAUUAACAAAACGCGUAGCAAAGUUAGUCCAAGUUUAAAACUUUUUGUCUUUAUCUUAUCUCACUACAGAACUACAUGACAAGGAGAAUUCAUUUUAAAUGUUGUGAAUGCUGUUGUAUCACUUGAGUGUUCCAAAAGUGAUACGCGCUGAAGGUACGUACUGCCAAUGUAGAAUAGGAUGAUUAAAUCUCGAUAUAUCUGUGUGACCCUAGAUUGAACAUUGACUAUUGUAUCAGAGAGUGAGAAUUUACAUUAUUAUCAUGUAUAAAAAGCAAUCAACAAAAUUCGUUACUACACAUUGUUGUGUGAGUUUCAUAGCUAUAAAGGCGUGUGUUAAUUCUAGAGUAGUUUAAAAAUUGGGUGGUUUAUAAGGCUUUGCUUGUGUUUAUUUGAAAUAUUUUAAGGUUAACUUAGCUGUUAAUUAUUGAAAUAAUAUGAACUGAGAGCAAUGUCUAAUCAAGAUGUCUGAUAAAUACUAGUUACAGUGCUUCCAAAUUAAUAAUGCGCAUACAGAUCUUCGCUAAUGGACUUAUUCCCGGAAACACCCGAAUCAUUCAAUCGUAAGAGCCCUAAACAAUGCACUUGCAUUUUACACCUUGUGCGAAAGAAAUAGGAGUCAAAUCAUGUGUUCACAAUACGAAAACAAAUUGGGCCGUCGGCUGUGGUAGCCGGUCAGUCAGUCGUGUUUAAGUAUUGGUGCCGACUGCACGUGUUCAGUCUAUGUGGAAUUAUAUAGAGCUCCUAUUACACACCCCUCUUGUUAUUAUUAUUGUAAUAUAAUUCUACUAAAUUAUGCAGAAGUAAUGCAUUUUACCACUCUAUAUAGAUAUCGUCUCCCGACGGUCGGGAAAUACGACCGUUGCCGAAAAGUGGCGAAGAUCUGUAUGCGCAUUAUUAAUUUGGGAGCACUGUACCUACUUUUUAUAUUGAGCAACUGUCAUUUAGACACUAUUUUCGGGGUGCUAUCAUGGUAUAAUAAUAUACUCCGCCUGGUAUUCUGGUUCCGUCACAGUUGUGAUGACUGUUCUUAAACUAUUUUCGAGUGAAACAAAGCUAUAGAUUUGCUGUAGAUGUGAGCGACACGACAAUGGCGAUGUAAUGGCGGGCUGUCAGUAUGACAUAAUAUACCGUAUCGUGGGAUGAGAAUACCACGCGGAGUAUAUUACUGCUAUGGGUGCUAUAUUAUAAUCUGAUAACCUGAUGUUAAAUUUAACAAUUAAAAUAUUAUGAUCUGAGUUAAAACCUUACUAAUUAUUAUUACUUAUUUAUCAAAUUAACUUUUAAAAUUAAAAAAAUGUGUUUUAAAAUAUUUCCAUUACAAAAAAUCACAUAUAAGUUUAAUUAUUUGUCGUAAUCAAAAUAGUCUUUCGUAUAUUUUUUGUAUGAUUUUUUUUUUUCAGUUGUCUCAGUUCUAUUGUUUCAUUUUACAUAAAUAAGCAUAUGUAAUAUAGUUUAUAUUACACACUAGUUAACCUUAUAAACUUAUGAAUCUUAAUUUAAUGUCCAUAAUAUUUUGUUUAUAUACAGAAACUAACAUAUAAGCUCAGAAUACAGAACAGACCAGAAACCGUGAACCCGCUCCAAUCAUGUGAGCCAGUAGUUGCUAGCUAACAAGGAGUAAUUGGUUAUGGCGCGUGCGGGGAGUUAUAUAGUGCUGUAUACACGUUAUUAAACACUCGUGGUUUGUUUUGUUUUCUGCGCAUAUUUAGUAAUUAUUGCGAGUAGUUGCCAGGUGCAACUAGAUGUGGUGUACAACUUUGGUCCCACGCAAUAAUAUACCCACGUGACGUGUGAUUUAAAACUGAUUCUUGGGAAGCAAUCUGGACAGAAAGUAUAUAACAUAACCUAAACUGGCUGUUUUUAUGACGCCAUCCUGUUAACAUAAUAAUAUAUUUACCCUUACCCACUACACGCUUGUGUUCCUGGCAACUGGUUACUCUUGAGUGUUGUGAGAUAUUUGAUUGAACUUUAGCAUUUUAACAUUGGAUAAGAAAGUGAAAAUUAUGAAAAAAGUAUAUAAAGUUAUAAAAAUACAAAAAAUUUAUAUAUUAAGCUUAAUUUGUUGUAGGUUAAGUAGGCGUCAUACUUCGAUAUUUUUAAUACGAAUUGUUAUUUGAAUGGACGUUUAUUUCUUGGAGCGUCCUUGAAUCUUUUAAUUAUAAUAAACAUUUGCCGCCAA